CAUGAAUAUUAAUCUUACCCUCGACCAAUUACAGCCGGCUCAGCUGUUUCACAAGCUGAACUCGUACAGAAAGUUUUGGGUUUGGGGUUUGUUUGUUUUUUUCGCUUUGGGAAGAGUUCAGCGCUCGAUCAGUGCCUGGAGCGGAGCUGCCGGACCGUGGGCAGUUACCGAGCUCUUUCCAGCUCGAGCCACCGCGCAAGAUGAGCGUAGCAGUGGAGGAAGCUGCCUUGCCAUCCAUCUCCACCUUCGCCGGCUUGGUGCCUCUGGAAGAGAGGCGGCCCGAGAUGAGGCUGGCCUCUCCUUCCGUGGAAAGCGCCACCGCUAUCAAGAGGGAAGCAGACGAGCUAGGCAACUUCGUCGACCUGGAGUUCAUCCUGGCGCACACCACCAACGGGCAGCCCAAUGGCGGGGUAGGACCCGCGCAUCCCGGAGGCAACCCUAACUACCCCCUGCCAGAAACCCCGGAGAGCUGCGGCACCACCUACGACAGCGACAGUUCCAACUACCAGCCCUCUAACAAGUUCGGGGCGCCUUACCUGCCCAGCCCUGGGCACAGCUACGUAGCCGAGCUCUUCACUCAGGACGUGCAGCAACCGCUUCCCUCGGUGGGGCCGAGCCACUGCGAGCUCCAGCGGCGGGAAUACACCGAGCUACGCGCCCCCGGCUUGGCUCACCCGCCCCCCGGCCUGCCCGGGGGGCUGCCCUUAGAGCACCUGCGCGUCAAGCAGGAGCCGAUGGACGGGCAGUCCUGCAUGCUGAGCGGCCCGCCCGAAUGCCUGGCGCCCGGGCCCCUGGACCACAAGCCCCUUCUGAUGCAGACCCUGCUCCAGCCGCCGCUGCCCCACCACGCGCCUUCCGGCUUCCCCGCCGAGCAAAUGGGCCCGGGGGCCCCGUGCCUGGUGGGCGGCGAUCUGGGCGCGCAGAUGGGGGCCCCCCAGCAUUACCCGCGACCUCCCCACCUCUUCCAGCCCAACUUCGCCGGGCAGAUGCAGCCCCAGUUCCACGGACACUUCAGCGUCUUUCGAGAGCCUUUGAAACCGCGCGCCCAGGGCAUGCCCGGACUGCUCGUCACGCCGCCCAAUUCGCCCGUCUUGGAUUACUACGCCCCGAUGGGUCCUCCGGAGGAAUGCAAGCCGAAGAGGGGCCGGCGGUCCUGGGCCCGCAAGCGCACCGCCACCCACAACUGUGAAUUCGCCGGCUGUGGGAAGACCUACACCAAAAGUUCGCACCUCAAGGCGCAUAUGCGGACCCACACAGGUGAGAAGCCUUAUCAUUGUACCUGGGAAGGCUGCGGCUGGAAAUUUGCACGGUCAGAUGAACUGACACGCCACUACCGCAAGCAUACAGGUGUCCGGCCUUUCCAGUGCCAACUAUGUGACCGUGCGUUCUCUCGAUCAGAUCAUCUGGCCCUGCACAUGAAGAGCUGUAAAGUUUCCAGUAUGGUCAAUCUAUUCAGACCAAUAAACAGCCUGUGAUGAUGUAACCCUUCUUAAAGCAAGUAACAUCCACCAAUAAGUCUCCAGCUGACAGCAGUGCGUGUUUUGGGAUUAUCCAUAUGAAGAAACUAAAAUGGUCACUUCCGGAAUAGGCUGUAAAAUAAUAUAUGCCCUGAACAAAGACAAGAGUUGUAUUGGUAGGUUGUGCAAGCUGUAGUGUUUAGGAACAAGUGUUUUGCAGCAAAGUUCUGUGUGCAGAAGUAAAGCUACAAACAUACACUUCAGGCUUCCUACUUAAUAUACAUGUUUAAAAAAUUUAUUUAAUGGGUUUGCAGAGCACACUACACUUGCUGUUCAGAAGUAAAUCCAACUGAGUUCUGUGGAGCCUUUUCCAUAUAAGUGGGCAAAAGAUUGUAGCUUCAGUCUUAAGUAAAUGUUUUAGACUGUAAUGCAUGAACAUCUUCCCCCUUCUUUUUCUUGCUCAGAGAUGCUGCCAAACCAGGACCAACAAUUACCUUGAUUCACUAUUAUGAGAGGUUGUAAAACCACUUGCUUAUAGACAGAGCCUUGAAAGAAUUGCCUUUCGAAAGUAAAUAGAAAUAAACUCUACUUUUUCAGUGCUAUUAAGCAAUGAAAGUCAGUGUAAGUUGCAAUCCUUUUUAAAAUAAAUUUUAUUAAAAGUUUUACAAGAACAUAAAAACUAAUACAAACUAAUAAAGAAUAAAAAGAGCAAAGAAAGAAGGAAAAAAGUGCAGGAAGAGAGAACAAAAAGAAAUAGAAGAAGCUUCCAAUUUCUUCUGUAGCAAAUUUAAGUACAAUUAUAAAAUUAACUAUUAUUUUCUAUUAUCCCAAUUUUUUUUCUAAUCAUCAAAACCACAAAUCGUAAGUGCAUUUUUUUCUGUUUCAUGCAAAAGUCUAUAAGGGGUUUCCAUUCAGCCAUAAAUGUAGAUACUCUUUUUUCUCUAAUCAAAGAAGUUAAUUUAGCCAUCUCCGCAAGUUCCAUCAUCUUCACCAGCCAUUCCUCCAUUGUGGGUAGUGUCAAACCUUUCCACUUUUGAGCAUAGAAUAGUCAUUGUAAGUUGCAAUCCUAUGCAUGCUUGUAUGUAACAGCUAAUCACCACUUGGUUUACAUAUCACAACAAACCAUAAUGUAUUUGAUUGGCAUAUUAUAUAAAUGUAGACAUAACCAUGGUUUAUGGCUUAGCAUAUUUCAACCCGCCAAGAGGAACAAAUAAAUUUUCAAAUAAACGUAUAGUACUGCGAUUAUGAUUUAAAGUGCAAGCCUAGAUAUAUUGAAUCAGAAGUAAAUCUCAGUUUGUCCUAUGUUUUAUUCCCAGAUAAGUAUGCAUAGGGUUACAGCUAAAAUAUGGUUGUACAUAUUAUAAUACCUCAAAAUGCUUUAUAGGAGUAAAUCAUAUAUGGAAGAAAGCCAUUUGUACUGCUUUUUAACUACUAUGUAAAUUUGACAAAGUUCUAAUGCUCGUAAGUUAAUGAAUUUUACUGGGAAUGCCACUCCAUCUCUCAACACUGAAAGCAGCGGAUCUAAGGCAUUUUCUGAACUCUGUAUUCAUUUGCACAAGCAAAGAUACCUUUAAACUGCUAGAAUAGUCUGUUCCAGAAAGCUAAUUAUUAUCUAAUUGGCCAUUGCUUUUAAACCAUCUGUAACUUUAGAUGCUGGUUGCAUCCAUUAAAAUUCUAUUUUGUGGACCUGA